GAGGAGUGGGCUCUCUUUAAGUGAUCAAUCCAUCAUCUCGGGAUCAAAAUUGCUCCCUGCUCAUGUGUUCGUAAGAGACAGAGAGGAAAAAGAGAGAGAGAUCGUCUUAGCUUGCAACAACAAACGAUAUGAGUAAAGGCGACGCACCUAUUGGCUCAGAGGGCGACCAAUCAGCGUCAACGGAGGAACUUCGGAGUGGAACUUCGGGGUUAGAGUUUCAGACCAGUGAGAGCGUUUUUGGCACAACCAGGACGCGCAUCUGUCCCCCUGAAAGCGUUAUCCGUGCUUAUCGUUUUACAUGUCUGUCUUUUUAUAACAUCAUUCGAGAAACAAUACGAGUCGUUAGAAGCUCCGGGAUGUACACCGCCGGGCUCAACCCGUUUUACGCAUCCAAUUUCAGCCUCUGGUCGGCAUACUGCGCCGGAGGCUUCGCUGUGGAUACCAUAAAGAAGCCGUCGUUUUGCAUCGCAGACAUUUUGCAAGCAGGGGAUGCGGAGAACAUCCCCGGAUCGUCCGCCCUCAUGGUGCACAUGGGACACCACCAUCACCACCAUCACCAGCAGCAGCAGCAGCAGCAGCAUCGCGCUCAGCAGGCGCACUCCGGCGGCUCUCCGCUGCGCCCUUCUCCCGUCGCGCCGGAGCCUUCGUCGGUGUUCGGAGCCAGAGUCAGCCCGGCGUCUCCGUACCACAGACACGGACUGCAGCUCACCACCGUCUCUAGGACGCCGUUCAACUCCCAGCAGGCGCCCCCGCCUUCAAGUAAAGACCUCAAAUUCGGAAUCGAUAGGAUUUUAUCCACGGACUUUGAUCCAAAAUGCAAAGAAAAGUCUUCUCUAAGAGAUCUCACCUCCAUCGUUAGCUCCAACCGUCAGUCAGGCCUCCACAUCCCUAUUCAACCUCCAGCCAGCCCCUACUUCUCCUCCAUAGACCCCGGGAUGAACAACGCGUCCUCCAUGAUGGGCUCACUAGGCAGCGGCAGCGGCAGACACGCAGGCCAGCAUCAGUUUCAGGACACCUUCCCAGGUCCCUACGCAGUGCUCACGAAAGACACAAUGCCUCAGACGUACAAGAGGAAAAGGUCAUGGUCGAGGGCCGUGUUUUCGAACCUGCAGAGGAAAGGCCUGGAGAAGAGAUUUGAAAUACAGAAGUAUGUCACCAAGCCUGACAGAAAACAGCUGGCAGCCAUGCUGGGGCUCACAGACGCUCAGGUAAAAGUGUGGUUCCAGAACAGGCGCAUGAAGUGGAGACACUCCAAGGAGGCCCAGGCUCAGAAGGACAAGGAGAAGGACGAGAAGCCGGAGAAAGGAGCCUCAGAGGCGGGGGGACUGGAGCCGAAGGAGCCGACAGAGUCCGAGUGCGAGAGCGAGGCUCGGAGCGACAGCGAAUCGGACGAAGCCGAGGAGGAAGAGAGCGGAGACGGACAUUUGGACAUUUCUGAGCUCAACAACAACAACAACAACAACAAGACCAGCGUGAUCAUGAGCGGGAGCGCGCAGGCGGCCACCGCGGACUCCAGCCCCACGCCCACGGACACGGCAACGGCGUCGUAGGUCUUGAUAUGAAAAAGAAAGAAAGAAA